UUUUGUUUUGCUUUCUAUUUUGAUCUCAUCUCUCUCUCUCUCUCUCUCUCUCUCUCUCUCUCUCUCUCUCUGCAGUGCUUAGCAUACACCCUGCUUCAUCCAGUAGAUAAAAAUCUGCUGACAUCAUAGAUCAUGAUCCAGCCUCCAGCCUCUCCUGCACAGCUUGGGAGAUGCUCAGAGAGAGAGAGUGAGCGAGAGAGAGCUAAGCUGUGCUGAAAUUAGAAAGAAAACUGCAGCUCCCUCUCAGAUUCCACACACAGACAGCAACGCAGCAACAACUGAGUGGCAGCUAGAGCAAGACAGACACAGAGACCUGGCGAGGGCAUUAUAAAUGUCUGGAAGCAGGCAGUGAAGAAGGACCAGUUCCCAGUGCUGCUGCUGCGGCUCUAUUUUUUAUAGAGCUCUUUUUAUUUUUUGUUCAUCCAUUGAACCAUGCCAGGUGAGGCAGCCCGGAGCACAGCACCCACACCAGGGCUAUCAAAGCAGGAGGAGGAAGCUGAGACAGGAUGCAUCCCUGGACCAGACAAGUCCCGCCACACCUCUGUUUCCUCUGCUUCAACCCCCAGCGAUUGUGCUUCAAUCCCCUCACCUCUCACCCCUCCCCAGCUCUCCCCGUUAGACAGCCCUGAAUGUAGCUCCCCCUUUGGCCCAAGGCUCCCCAAGAGACAGCAGAGUAGGUCAGGGGACCGGCCCCAGCCAGAAGGAGCGAGCAACGACUGUGGCACUGAUGUGAAGCCCAGCCCUGGAGCAGCAUGCUCAGUGAACAAGUACACACGGGGACCCUACAAGCGUGGGUACCAGCCGGUCAAGAUGGAGCGCAUCAAAGUACUCAUUGGCACAGAGGUGGAAAGUGACUACAAGGAACCAGAGACUCUAGACACCAGGGUGGUGAUGGGACAGGAAGCCCUGCUGAGAAACGUGGAAGCACAAGUGGAUGGCCAGACUGGCGGUUUGGGAGAAAAAGCAAAACCGACUAAAGACAAAGGGUCUGCAGCCGAUGAGUGCUCUCUGGGGGCCACAGCAACAAGCAACGAGGCAGGUGAGAGCCAAAAUAAAGAGGAAGAGGAAGAAGACACACAGCUCGACACAGGCCAAGAGCGUGACUAUGCUUCAGAGAAGAGUCUCCCAGAACACGAUAGGGGACUGGUAAAGGAGAUCCCACAGGAGUUGCCUGGCCUGGUUCAGGAAUCUAAAGCCCCAGACUCUGCAGAGAUAGAUAGCCUGGGCAUUACUGCUUCCCUUCCAGAGGGUGAAGGGGAGACUGCUCGAUCAGAAUCACCACAAACUCAGGGUGAAGUGCCUUCCUUGUUGUUUUCAGAACCUUGCUGCACAAGCGGGUCCCAGGAAGCUGAACCACAGCGGGUGGAUGUUACCCAAAGCCUAGAGCCUGACCUCUACUUCACCGCCCCGUCCACCCCCAUCAAGAUGGUCUACUCCUCGCACCUUAAGAACCACAGCUACUGUUCCCCCAUCCCCAGCUCCCCUACAGAGGAGCUCCCAGACCUCUCUGAAAGCGAGGGUCUCUGCUCUCCACCCACCUCCCCCUCGGGGUCCUACAUCACAGCCGAGGGCAGCAGCCGGACUUCAUCUUGCAACUCCACCUCCCCUUCCAGCUCUCCAAACCUCAUUGCUGAGGGAGAGCUGCAGGAGGCCCCUACUUGUUACGUUGAAUCUCUCUCUGAGAUUGGUGAUGAAGAGAGACCCAACAUGGACAAGGAGCCCCCUGGUCACUUCAAACCCGAUGAGCCACAGCUGGUGGAGAACAUUGGCUUCACGAAGGAAGUUGUGGCCAUACACAAAAGUGGCCAGGAGGUGGACAAAAUAAAAAGGGAAACCUGCCGUCCUAGCUGGGUGACAGAAAGAGACAGCAAUUCUCCCCAGAGGAGCAAUAGCAGCAAGAGUUCCUCUGAAGAUGAAUCAGAAGAUUCUCUAGAGCCUCCAGAGGAACUGGAGCCAGAGGAACUCACUGCGGAUGAAGACCAAGACCUGGACUUGGAGGCUUGUGUUGCUGAGCAUUUCGCUGCCCUUAAUGCACCUCUUAGUACAGAAGAAGACAUUUCUCCAGAGUUGUCCUCACCUUGCCCCUUCAGUCAUCGAUUAGCCACCAUUGAUGCUGGAAGCUUGACCCCAGCCACCUGCUCUUCUGAGAUUUCUGAUACAGAAAACAACAGCCCCUAUGGGGAGACAUUGUCCUCUGCCUCAGAAUUCCCUGGCUCCUGUGUAGAGGAGAUCAUUGGAAGUGAUUAUAUGAUCCCUGCCUCAUUGCUGCCCUUCCAUGCCAACUUGGUCUUUCAGGUAGAUUCCAUGGAGAUCACACUGUUCCCCACGUCAGGAGAGCCAGGGAAUGACAUGGAUGCUUACGCCGCAGGAGAAGAAGAGGGUGAUGUAGAUGAGGGUGAGGAUGAAGGGGAAGAUGAGAAGAAAUGCAAUGAGGACAUCAAUGAGGAAGACACAUCAGCGUCAUUCAUGAACUCACUGUCUGAGACCUCCAUCAACGAGGGUGUGGACGAGUCCUUUGUGUACCAGGAUGACACAGAGGAAUCGUCAGAUUCUGCAUCCUACAAUGAGGAAGAGGAUGAGAGGCUGUACAGCACUGAAAGGCAUGCAGUGAUGGCAGAAAAUUUCCCCGGCCCCAACGACCCUGCAGAUUCAAAGGAACCCAAAGAGGACUCCUUAAACUUGAGGGCUGGAAGUGAGAGCGAGAGUGAGAUGGAGAUCUCCACUGGCUUCUCGGACACUAGAGAUGAACAGAAAAAGACCUGCACAGCUCCUAGUUUGGUCCCUGAUGAUGCCUUAGCUCUCAAGAAAAUAGAAGAAACAGGCCAGGAGAUAGAGCCUGGUUCUGCGACAGUGGAGCCUAUCAAGAACAAUGAAGAUCAAGAAGAUGGCACAGGUGACAGGCAGGAAGAAGCACAAGCAUCAUCUUUGGAGAUGGAGACUGGAGAAAAAUGUACAGAAGUCUCCAACACUGAUGCUUCGGAGAGGUUAGCAGAUGCAGCUUGCGUUCAGGUGACCAAAAACCCUUUUCAGGUUGAAAUGCAUCAAUCCAUUUUACCAGAGCACAGUGAAAUGAAGUUGCCUUCAGAAGAGUUGGCCCAAGCUCUAGAGGAAGGCGGGGAACCUCCUGUUUCUGGAACAGAAUGCCAGGUGUUAGAAAAUGAAGUUACAGCCUGUUGCGAAGAGAUUGCCAUUGAGGACGUAAGCACUGUAGAAGUCAAAAAUCCUGAUCAGCAAAAUGCCAACAACACAGAGGGCACUGAAUUGAAAAUAAGCCUGGAUGAAACUGCUACAAAUGACCUUAAUAAAGGAGUACCUCUGUUAUCACACCCCAAAGAUGAUCAGAGACCAAGCAACAUACCUGUCACUGCAGUGUCAGAAAUCCCUUCAAAUAUUACUGAUAACCUGACUGUCAUAGCAUCCGAUAACCUGACCCCAGAAGCUUCACUGAACCAGGACAACCUGGCUGAAAACCAGCCUUGUGCUGAUGAAACAAGUUUGGACCACCACUAUGUCGCCUAUGCUGCCUAUAGCAUGUUAGCAAUUUCACCAAAGAAAGAAAACUCUGAAACCAAUCUCUCAGGAAAGGGUGCUUCUCUGGGCUCAUGGGAGUCUGCAAUCCCACUCCCCGAUGAACAGAGUUGUGAGUACGAAACAGAAAGCUUUUUGACAUGUGAGAUGACCCAUCAGACAUGUACAGAGCCUAUAGAGUCUGCAAACUUUGGUUCCAUUGAUGCUGCCACACAGGAAGGAAACAUUCACCGUAGUGUUGAUUAUAAUGAACUUCAUAAAGAAGAGGUGGUACCCGAUAACUCAGAUUCUGAAACAGGUGUCAUUCAGUCUGUUCUGUCUAACUGGAAACCUAUCGAGGAGAUAUCUGAAGCAGGGGGAGAGGAAGACGAAAGCUCACAUUUUGUAGAGGAUGAAGAAGACCAUGUUCAGGGCACUCAAGGUAUACCUCGCAACAAGGGACUCCAAAAGACAGAAGUUAAGAAGGCUGAAGAGGAGAAAUGCAAAGAUAUCAGUUCAGAAUACAGCUGUGCACAGAGCAAAGCUUUAGUUGGUCCUGAAAGCACAGGAUUCAAUAUUCUUUCAAGGGAUAAAAACAAAGAAACUGAAGACCAAGCAUCUCCCACUUCAGGGCAGGAGAACCAGCCACCACUUAGCCAGGAGGGACCCGGGUUGAAGGUUCUUGAUCUGGUACAAGAACCUCUUGAAGUUGCAGGCAGGGAUGGUGAAAUUAGUCCUGAAACACAGCCAUCACAGGCUUUAGAAACAGCCCAGGAACUGGAAGAAAACAAAACGGACCCUUCUGAAUCCCCUCCAAAGGAAAGUUGUUUUGAGUUGGACCUUUCCGACGCACAAGCAACUGGACAUAAUAUCACAACAGAUGCACAUCAAGAGCAAAUACCAGCUGCCAAGCAAUCAGCUGGAAGAAGCUUCCUUAAGGAAGCUGUGGUUGAUCAACCUGACCUAACUGAGGCACCAAUAGAAGCUUAUGGCAGUAAAGAUGAUCCAACAGUUCUUGAACUAAACAAUGAAGAAUCCAUUAAAUACAAAAAAUCAGAAGCAUCCUUCACUUUGGUUGGGGGUUCUUUUGGCUCCUUCAAACCCAGGCAAAACCCAUGUGAUAAUAAAACUGAUGAAUCUGCUGUAAAAACGCCAGUUUCGGAAAGCAGAGGCACAGGGGAGAGCAGCAAGGCUGAUUAUUCCCAACCUAAAGUACCUGAAAAGCAAAAGAGUGACCCUGGCUUUGAGAAAAAGGAUACUAAACAAGUAAACAGUGUUGCCCUCCUUCUGGAACAAGACAUCGAACAAACAAAGAGCAGUUCUGACUUUGUGAGAAAGGAUACAGAAAAACCAAAGAAAGAAACUCCUCUUGAUAAACAAGAUUGUGGACCAGCAAAAGGAGACUCUAAUCAGAAGAGAGAAGAUACUAAAGAAACAAAGAGUGGUCCUGCCUUUGAACAAGAGGAAAAAGAGAAACCAGAGAAUGAAAAUCCCUUAGCAAAACAAGAUCCAGAAAAUGCAAAAAGUGAAACUUACCUUGAGACGGUAACCAAUAAACAAGCAAAGAGUGACUCUGGUUUUGAGGAGCAGGAAAAAGACCAAGCAAAGAGUGCCAAUAAUGAAAAACCUAAUAGUGACAUUCCCAAUGAGAAACAAGACAAUGAACAAACUAAAUGUGAUUCUCCCCUUGAGAAUGAAGAUAUUGAGCAAGGAAAGAGUGAAACUUCUUACAAAGAUUUUGAACAAUCAAAGGAUAACACUGUGUUCAAGAAAACAGAGAGUGAAACUUGCUUUGAAGAGGAGCCUAAUACAGAGCAAGGAAAGAGUGAUGCUUCCCUCAAGAAAGAUGAUAAUGGAAACACAAGUGAAGCAAUGAAAUGUCAGAGUGAGGAAGACCCAGGUCAUCAAAGCGAUUCCAUGGACACCGUUUCCAGCACUUCAAGCAGCAUUUUGGAAGCAGAAACUCAUCUGGAGAAAAAAGAUCAGGAUCAAGAGGACUCUAUGGUUCUACAAGAGUCAGAGGAAGUAGCAACAGAUAGAAAAGUUGCUCUAGACAGGGAACCAUCUGAAUCUGCAGGAAGAAACCACUCAGUAGUUAGUCAGUUGUCAACCAGUGAAGACCAGAAUGACCACUUCUCUAGUGAGAGACAUGGCGAGGCUGGACCAGUUGAUGGGGGGCAUGUUACUGAGCAGCAGGGUGGGGUACAAAAGAUUCCAAAGACUUUAGAAGAGACAUCUUACAAUGAAGAAUCUCCAGACAAGGGAACUUCAGAGCUUGGUCAGCAUGAUAAACCUGACAGCUUAUUCAGAGCUGACAUUUCUAAAAAACAGGCACAUGGCAACAGAGAAGUAAAGUGGAAUCUGGACGAAGGAGAUGUUCAAGAAAUCCCUCAUCUAGAGGAAGAGAUCCAGAGUUCAUGCUAUGCAGGUAGUGCCACUGCAACAGCAGAGAAGCAGGUUACCUUCAGCUCUGCACACCAGAUCCACAGCAUCUGGGACAAUGUUAGCCGCAUAGAGGAGAGCCGAGGUGCUGAUGAAGGAUCAGACGAAUUACCUAGAGCAUCGCCUCCUCAUUUCCCAGCAGGUCUCUGCAUCCCAAUACAGGAAUCUCAGUGCUCUCCCGCUGCACUCCCCCACACUGCUCCUUCCCACACGCCUUCAUCUCCUGAUACCCUGCCAGCUUCGCCUAGCCAAUCACAUCCAUCCGUGGACUCAGGGUCAGAACCAGAGGAGUCCUCUUUAGAUCCCAUCCAAGAGACACAUCUGGCUGAAGAUCUGGCGCAUCAUCUCCUGGAAUCAGUGAAUUCACAAAGCAAGUCAAAAGCCAGCGCAAAGGUGGAAAGCUUGGACCAAACAGAAUAUUGCACAGAGGAGCCAUGUGGCCUCACCCAAUCGAAGAUAUCUCUGGAGUGCCGCAUGGAGAAGCGCCUUGGAUCCACCCAGACUGAGUCGAGCUCGUCCAGCGAGGCAGACCUCCAGUUCCCCUGCAGGGACAGCCCCCAGGUCCUGCCGCAUAAACUGCCUGCCAGUGUGGAACAGCACAAGAGUGACAGAGGCUCUGCCAGACAGGCCCAGUGUGAGGUCACCUUCAAUCACAAAGCAGCAGGGUCCUGCAAUGAUUCAGACAGUGAUGGAUCUGUGCCUGAUCUAGAAGAACCUGAGAUACAAGCUCCUCACCCCACACAGUCCCAGUCCCAGCUCUCACACUCCGUGGGGACAGGAGACGAGUCCUUCAAUAAAGCCAAGCAGAGCCGCAGUGAGAAGAAGGCGCGCAAGGCCAUGUCCAAGCUAGGCCUGCGGCAGGUUCACGGUGUGACCCGCAUUACCAUUCGCAAAUCCAAAAACAUCCUGUUCGUCAUCAGCAAGCCCGACGUCUUCAAAAGCCCUGCCUCUGACAUCUACAUCGUCUUUGGAGAGGCCAAGAUCGAGGACCUAUCGCAACAGGUGCACAAGGCAGCUGCUGAGAAGUUCAAGGUCCCAAUGGAGCACUCGCCCCUAAUCACCGAGACCACGCCCACUCUGACCAUCAAGGAGGAGAGCGAGGAGGAGGAGGAGGUUGACGAGACGGGUCUGGAGAUUCGUGAUAUUGAGCUGGUGAUGGCUCAGGCUAAUGUCUCCCGAGCAAAGGCAGUCAGAGCGCUGAGACACAACAAAAAUGAUAUCGUCAAUGCCAUUAUGGAGCUGACCAUGUAGACUUUCUGGAGGGUGAGGAGGCUAUUUUUGUCCCUGCACGGUGACCCUCAGCUCAUAUACACUAUAGAGCCCACUGUAUUGCUGCUACCUUGCAUCCCCUAUCCCGCUCAAUAAAACACUGUUAUAAUCAACCUGGCUCAGCAGUUCAGCAUUUAUUAUACACCAACGCAUCAUGUCUAAGUGUCUCCUCAUCUCUGUUCUAGGUCUAUGUCUAAUUCUAUCCCGAAUUCUUCUUUGUUCUAGGCUAAGCUAAAUAAACGAAUGUUGGUAUGUU